ACAAACUUUCAAAAGGAUGAAAGAUUUAAGAGGUGUUAAUAGUAUGAGGUUAUAAAUUGAAUUAUAAGUUAAGCAAUAAUAAACAAGAAUGUUUCGUCAGCGGUCACUCUUUAUUUUGACAAAAAGAUAUAAACAUGCCAGAUCUCACUGGUCCGUCGAGCUAAAGAAAAAGUCCACCAAGGAUCGGGCUCUGGACAGUUUUGACGACUUUUACGGAUCCGUUUACGGGCAACGAUGGCAUUCUAUGCGAGCGGCUCUACUCACCGAACACAAAUAUGUAGCAUUAGUGAAUAAUUUUGGUGAUAGCGAGUCGACGGUAACUGCUUUAGAAGCCGAAGGUGCCAUCAAUCUUCGCUCUAUUUACAACUUUGCAAUGACAAAUUUCUCGGAAAAACGUUUAAAUUCGGUUAGGAAUCAAGUGAACGAAUCAGCUACGGAUAUUACUAUGAGACGUAUGGUUGAGCAUAAGCAGCACGACGAAUCAGCAGAAAUAUAUCCGGAAGGAACCGAUUUUACUAAUCGAAACGAUAUUCGAAAUCCGAUCGAUGAUUCUGUCCCGAGAGUCGACUUCAAAAAGUCAUUAACUCAAACCGUCGAAGAAGAUUCGGACAUAGAUUAUCGGCGAACCAUCGAAACUUCCGCUGGUUCGGACGUCUUGCAAGAAUUUAUUCCUGCAACUAAAUUAAAGGGAAUGGAGGAUUGGAUUCCCGAAUCAGACCAUUACAAAUACUACGAUACAACGGCCGAUUUUCCGUUAAGAAUUGAGACGGACGCCGAUUUAGUAUUUCCGGAAAAUUUGAACAUAUUCACAUACGAGAAGGGAAACGUUUCCACAUUCAUUAAUCCGAAGCGAUCCGUAACUGGUGUAUUAAGUCACUUUUUAAUGGAUGGAGCAUCCAUUCUACCGCCGUUAGUGUUAGGCAUCGAACCUGGCGACCGAGUAUUGGAUGCAUGCGCAGCUCCAGGUGGAAAAAGUCUGAUCAUGUUACAGACAUUGUGUCCGGAAAUGUUGGUCAGUAACGAUUUGCAAAGGAGUCGUGUCGAUAGAAUCAAUCGAAUAUUUCGGGACUAUCUGAUUGAUUAUGAGAAAAACUGGAAAAACAAACGAUGCAUGGUGACGGAAGGAGAUGCUCGAGAAAUAUCAGAAUACGGAAUGUAUGACAAGAUUUUGGUUGAUGUUCCCUGCACGACCGACCGACAUGCCGUGAUGGAAAGCGAUAAUAACAUCUUCAAGCCGACGCGACUCAAAGAGCGACUACGAAUUCCCGAACUACAAUCAGCCAUCUUAGCGCAUUGUAUACAAUUAUUGAGGCCGGGUGGUUCGCUGGUUUAUUCCACAUGCAGUUUAAGUCCAGUUCAAAACGAUGGAGUCGUUCACAUGGCUCUGUCUCGUGUUUUUACCGACUUCAAUAUAUCCGUUACGAUCAAGGAUCUAAGCCGUACCACAACGACGUUGAAAACCAUUUUCAAGUUUGAAAAUCCAAAAAAGUUAAAAUAUGGACAGAUGGUGGUACCAUUUCUACCAGCAAAUUUUGGUCCAAUGUAUUUUUGUAAGCUGACCAGGAAUACAUAAGCGAUUGUUGUAGGCUCCAUAGUAGGUUUUUAAUAAAAAAAAAUUAAAAAAAACAA